AUGCCGCACGAGCGGGGCGGCGCGGCGCCCGCCGUCCCCGCCCCCGAGGAGGACGCGCUGUUUAUCGAUUUACUACAUGAAGCUCCCCUAUCUGGCCAUCGAGAGCCUAGGAGCAUAGUCAGUGGCACCUUGUACUGUAUAUUGUUGGUAGGUUAUGCUGCUGUUUCUGUGUCUGCUCCAUGGAUAUUUCUUCGUUUACCAGGCAUGAUCCCUCCAUUGCUAUGCAGCUCCAAUGUUAUCCUUCUGCUUCUUACAGGCAUUUUUCAACAAUAUUGGGUUCACCAGGUCAGGAAAGUGAGAUUGCAGGGCUAUUACGAUUUUAGCCAAAAACUGAAGCACAUUGCUCGACUUCCAUUUGCCACUAUUGCUUAUGGCACUGCUUUAAUGCUCUUAAUCAUAGUCUGGCAACCUUUUGUACAUAUACUAUCAAUUUCACUGUUACUAAGGAUUGUUAUCGUGGUUGAAGCAACAUGUGCUGGAUGCUUUAUGAGCUUAUACAUAUGGUAUAUCCAUAAGUACAACUCUUUGGAUGGGCGGCCUGAUAUCUUGCAGUCAUUAUAUUCUGCACUUCAACCAUCUACUACGACUUUGGAAGAUCGAAGAUAUUAUGAUGGCCGUCUCUCUGACCAGCAGAUGGCAUUACUUCAAUACCAAAGGGAGAAUAUUCAUUACCUGAGUGAAGAGGUGCUGCGCUUGCAAGAAUGUUUGAGCAAAUACCAGAGAACUGAUGUUGGGAACACUCCUCAGGUUGAUCUUGUCCAUCUUUUAGCAUCUCGUGACCAAGAACUUCGAGCACUCUCCGCCGAGAUGAAUCAAGUGCACUCAGAGCUUCAGCUUGCUCGUGGCCUGAUUGAUGAAAAGGACUCGGAGAUCCAGCGUAUUCGUUUGAGCAAUAGUCAGUAUGUUGAAGAAAAUGAUAGACUCAGAGCUAUUCUUGGAGAAUGGAGUUCUCGAGCCGCAAAGCUUGAACGGGCACUGGAGGCAGAGCGACUGUCAAAUAUUGAACUGCGGAAGAACAUUGCAAAAUUCCGAGGGCAAUUGCAUAAGGAGCAACACGCCUGA